AUGAGUCCAGUCGACCUGACAUCAACACUCCAAACCUCAGAACCAAAUACAAACCAGCACCGUGGUACCAAGCGUCAACGCUCUAUAGACUCCGACGGCGACGCAAACCGCAAACACGGUAAAAGACUCACAACCCGGGAAGAGGUCUCACUAUUCGAGAUAUGCAACCGCCAUGCCGAAAGUUUCGGCAAGCGAAGCGAUAUCUGUAACUGGUGGCGCGGUGUAGCAGAGGAAUUCACACGCGCGCAUGGAAGGCCAUAUUCGUGGCACUCUGUUCGAAGGAAGGUGGAACUUGUCACGAAACAGCGAGUCAAGUUCCUAGAAGAUCAGCGACAGCAGCGAGCGAUAUCCGGUGCGCAGCUGUCCGAGGACUCGAUGAAUCCGCAGUGGUGUGCUGUGUUGGAUAUGUGGAUUCCGACAUGGGUUCGGUGGCAGGAGUCCGAGGCGAGGCGGAUUGAGAAGCGAGAUGAGAUGAUUCGACGGCGAACGAUUUCGCAGACGCAGGUUAAUGAGGAGCGGGUUCGAUCUUCUGGUUAUGAUGAGAUGUUUGGGCAGGAGAUGGGGGCUGCUCCGCUUGCUAUUGCACCGUAUGACGUCCAAUCGUCUGUGUCUUUGCCUGUUGGUGUCAAGCUACCUCCUGGGUAUGAAUCUAUGUUUUCCGGUCACACUUCUACACAAUGUACGCCGGUGAUGCAGACGCAAACAGAGAAAAGCCCGCCGAACGAUCGGAUGAUGAACGCUGUUCUGGACACGCUGGGCAAACUUAACAAACAUCUUGACACGACGUCUGUUCACGGAAGUCCAGAUCACCGAGAUUCGCCUGUGCUCUCUGCUUUGGUGCAAGCUGCUUCUGAGUCGAGUGCUGAUCUCUCCUCUGGUACAGGACACCAGGCAAACGCAUACGGUUCCGUGUCUGUGGAUAUCGAGCGUAUCAAGGAAGAACUACGUCAAGAGAUGCAAUUUGAGUUACGAAGGGAACUGGAUCGGGACCGUGCUAUCUUCAAGGAGAAGCUGGAUUCUGUGCAGAGGACUCAGGAGAUGAUUCUUCAGAUGUUGCAGCAGGAUUCCGUUUAG